AUGCAACAGCGGUUAGUUGCACUGCUGCUGCUUCCGGCAAUUUGUUAUGGGUUUCGGAAGCCACAAGAGGUGGACUGGAAUAUCGACAUCAAGAAGGAGGAGGGUGACAAAUACUAUCGGGCCAACAUCGAGGACAAUGACCUGGUGGAUGUGUAUCAAAAGUGGGCCGAGACCGGGCUGAGCUCGUUGAUGUCGGCUGUGGCCAAUCAUAAGUAAGUCCAAGUAGAGGCUGAUUGUAAUAAAUCACCUCUACUAACUAUAGCAUAACGCCGGGUAGCUUAUAUGCCAUGCUCUAGCUGGUAACAUAAAUAGAUCGUAAAAAAAUUAAGACUCUCUUACAUAUCGAUUUGUAAGCAGGCAAAGCUACUCAACAGUGCCACAAAGCUCACGUGGUAAUAAACUUUGCUUGUGCAUAAUCUCUUACAAUAGACCUAUUAAGACACUACUUUAAUAAUACAUUAAAGGCAUGAUCAUGCUUUAAUCAUUACUUUUCAGACUAAAGCGUCAACGUAAAUCCAUUAGCAAGAAGUACGGUGAAUGCUCAUCCGGUGCCACCGACAUUCCGAAGCAUGCAAGAUGCUUGACCAAACUUCUCAACAACCAAAUCAAGCCCGAGAUCAAGCCAAAGAAACAUCGAGUUCAACGGCUGGAAAAGUAUCAGCCCGUCAGCGAAGGCGGCUUCCGAAUUGAUGACGAACAUCAAACAAGAUCCAAGAGAUCAAUGAAUCGAACAUCCGACACGGCCCAAGGAAAGGCACCUACUUACCAGAUAUACAAGAAGGACCGAUAUCCGCUCUACUCAAACAAGGAGCAGCUGACUCCAAUUGGCCAGAUCGCCAAAAUCUUAGUGGAGAGUAUCAAGAAACUCAACAACAAAACCGAACUUCCAAGAUGGCAAAACACAGUGGAGAAGUUGAAGAUUAAUGGGGCGAAAAGAAAGAAGUUCAAAAAGUUGGUGGAGAACGACAGUGAGGAAAAUAUGAAUCAAAUCCAAAUGAAGUCACUGCGAAAUAAAUUGACCGGGAAGAAGGAGCCAACAGUCGACGUGGACAUUGAAGAAAUGGCUGAGAACCCGGAGAAGUUGAAGAACUUUGUCAAGAACCGCAAAACCCCAAAGAAUUACGAGGAAAAAGUGAUGGAUCUGAUUCGUCGAGGAGUGAAAUUGGGCUACAGUUUCGCUGGCAAAAACACGACCAACUUUGAGGACAAGAAUAUGAAAUUGGUGUCGCCGAGGUUCUUGGGAGUUGUGCCGGAGGAGAACCAAGAUGAUGAUGUAAGAAACAGCCUCUCGUAAAAGUUUUAAAUGUUGAUAACCCAAAAUUUUCGGAAAUGCUAACAUAAAGGCGUGCGCCUCAAAGCGAAAAUGGUCCUUACUUGGGCAUAGUAAAAUAAUCGAAAAACAUUGAACUUUAGGCAAUCAAGUUCCUAUAAAACAUUCAAAUUUCAAUUUUCAGAUCAGCCUCGUCUCCCCAUCCCUCUUCUCCCUCCACAGCCAAGGUCAGGGGAUCGAGAACAUUACCAGUCUACCCAACCUUCUCAAAGGCUUCACCGGCAAGGACCAACAACUUUGGCUGGACGUCAUAAUGGAGGCGGCCGGCGUCAACGAACAAAGCGAUAUGCUGGAAGACGAUGUUAAGAAUAUUGAAUUCAACAAGACAAUGAGUUUGAUGACAAAUAUGACGCAUAUGGUUAAUGACAAGGGGGAACCAAUGUAUGCCACGAAAAAGGAUGCUGUAGAAUUGGGGGCGUCAGAGGAGUACAUCAAGAUGUUUGAGACGUUGCAUCAGAACUACACGAAAGACCAGGUACGUAUUCAUGAGAGGAGAAAUGAGACCACUGGCGGUUUAUCUACCACUUGAACUGGCCAAAAAUUUCUCUCUUUGCUUUUAGCUGCGCGAAAUGAACUCAACGGGCUACUCUGUCCUAACCAAGCACCAAAUUGAGAUUCUUUACGGCCCCAACUCUCCCGAACACCGCCCGGACGUUUAUCACCGACUCAUGAACAUGACGAGUGACCAAAUUCGCGACCGGAUGCAUGAAGAUUUCCACACGCUCGCAAAGCUGGAAAAGUUUUCGGUCGAUUAUAAGUCCGACCAUCAACGCCGCCGAAAGCGUCAAUUGUUGCCUGGUAUUAUCUUAUCGCCAGUGCUCUUGGUCCCUGCUGUUCUUCAGCCAUUGUUGGCUUCUGAGCCAUUCAUUUUAUCGCCGAUUGUCCUGACGCCUCUUAUCUUGUCUCCGUCCGUUUUUGGGGCUAUCAUUCUGUCGCCUUGGUUGUUUGUUCCUGUCAUUCUUUCGCCGCGUGUGCUAGGUACACUGAUUCUCGCACCAUUCGUGUUCUCGCCUCUAAUCUUGUCGCCGUUCGCUUUGCAUCCUGCAAUUCUGUCUCCGGGCGUUUUCUCGCCCCUCAUCUUGUCCCCCAGUGUGAUGCUCCCUCUAAUUCUGUCACCAACUGUGUUCUCCCCUAUCAUUUUGUCCCCCAUUUGUAUGGCCCCUCUAAUUUUGAGUCCCAGUGUGGGAUCGCCCAUUAUCCUAUCGCCGUUCGUUUUGACCCCAAUUAUUGGCUCACCCUUGAGUCUUAGCGGACUGAUCUUGUCGCCAUACGCAUUAUCUCCCGUCAUCUUCAGUCCAUUAUUUGUAUUUAUUGCUGUUUUGUCACCUUCUUGGCUAAGCUGA